GCAGCUCUGGGCUGGGCCCGGUAGCUCUGCAGGCUCCCGGCCUCCCGCAGGCCCUGCCAGGCUGUCCCUAACUCCCACCCCACACCGGGCCUCUUCUGCUCCUCCCAGCCUGCCCCUGAUCGCUGCCUCUUCGCGGAGAUGGAGACGUGAGCCUGCGGUGACGGUGACGAUGACAGCAGUGUGUGUGAAUGGAGGCAGCCUGGUGAACCCCCCCUACGCCAGGUGGGAUCGGCGGGAUAGCGUGGAGAGCGGCUGUCAGGCGGAGUGCAACCAGGAGGAGGGCGAGGGGCAGGCUCGCCGGCUGACACCCUUCGAGAAGCUGACCCAGGACAUGUCCCAAGAUGAGAAGGUGGUGAGAGAGAUCACGCUGGGGAAGCGGAUCGGCUUCUACAGAAUCCGAGGGGAGAUUGGAAGUGGGAACUUUUCCCAAGUCAAGCUCGGGAUUCACUCCCUGACCAAAGAAAAGGUGGCCAUUAAGAUCCUGGACAAGACCAAGUUAGACCAGAAAACCCAAAGGCUGCUGUCCCGCGAAAUCUCCAGUAUGGAGAAGCUGCACCACCCCAACAUCAUCCGCCUUUACGAAGUCGUGGAGACCCUGUCCAAGCUCCACUUGGUGAUGGAGUACGCAGGGGGCGGCGAGCUGUUUGGGAAAAUCAGCACCGAAGGGAAGCUCUCGGAGCCCGAGAGCAAGCUCAUCUUCUCCCAGAUCGUGUCCGCCGUGAAGCACAUGCACGAAAACCAGAUCAUUCACCGAGACCUGAAGGCGGAAAACGUGUUCUACGCCAGCAGCACGUGCGUGAAGGUGGGCGACCUGGGCUUCAGCACGGUGAGCCGGCGGGGCGAGACGCUGAGCACCUUCUGCGGGUCCCCGCCCUACGCCGCGCCCGAGCUCUUCCGAGACGAGCACUACGUGGGCGCCUACGUGGACAUCUGGGCCCUGGGGGUGCUGCUGUACUUCAUGGUGACGGGCACCAUGCCCUUCCGGGCGGAGACCGUGGCCAAGCUGAAGAAGAGCAUCCUCGGGGGCGCGUACAGCGUGCCCCCCGACGUGUCGGAGCCCUGCCUGCGGCUCAUCCGCGGGGUGCUCCAGCCCACGCCCAGCGAGCGCUACGGGCUCGACUCCAUCCUGCAGCACGAGUGGAUGCAAGGGGUGCCGCACCCCGCCGCCCUGGAGCCUUUCCGGCUGGACCCCGAGCACCUGUCGGCGGGCGGCGCGCUGGGCGCGGAGGAGAGGGAGGUGAGGAGCGCGCUGGCGCGCCUGGGCGUCACGGAGGAGCACCUGCGCAACAACCGCGGCGACGCCCGCAGCCCCGUCACCGGCCUCUACCGCAUCCUGAGAGGCUCCCGCGUCUGCAGGGGCGUGAGGCACACGUCCAAAUUUUGUUCAAUUUUAUAAAUUGCGUCAGACUGUUGUUGGUCACUGACCCGGGUCACCGUUCGUGGCUGCUGUUAAAUUUUUUUCACGGUCAGCUUGGCGGAGGGGGCACUUUUUUGUAAUUUUUAAAUAAAUUUAAAUUUAAG